AUGAAUCAGAUCCACCCGAAUACCUACAUUCAAUCCUUUGAGGCACAAAAAGCAAGUCGGGGGAAAAUACCGAAUGGCCUUCAUGUGAUGGAUCUGCUAACCGCCAUGCACACAUCACUCCAGGGAGUCUCUCCAAGAUUGGCCGAGUUAAGCAGUGCGCGAAUUGGCAAACACGCCAACUCGAAGAUUUGUAACGCGGUUACUUGUCGGCGCACUUAUCGACCUGUUCACAGUGGUAAAAACUCAUCCCCAGGCUCCUUCGAACAUCCUAGUCACUUCCGUCGCAAGCCCUGUUCACCUCCCUCGGUGUUGCAGGCCAUCUAA